AUGACAAUGAAUAUUGAGACAAAGAUAGAGAUCGACAUAAAGAAGGAUGUUAGUGACAUGAUUUGUCUGGUGGAUGGUAUAGUUAUAGUAGUGGAAAUGAGAGGUAAAGUUAACCUUUUUGCUUCUGAUGGCACACUACAGAAACAGUUACCAGUACCUGGUGAACCCUUCAGUGUUACACAGAUAAAUCAGAACACUUUAGCCAUAACUUAUGCUGGAGAGAGAGCCAUUAAGAUCUUCAAUAUGGAGAAUGAAACAGUUACCAAAGUUAUCACAUUAGACAAAGAAUGCUAUGGUUUAUCAUUCUCCAAUAAUUCUCUGGCUGUAGGUUUGAGGACUGAUGAAAUCCGUAUUAUAGACUUAGAAGGAAAUACACUGAAGUCAAUACAAUUGCCAGUUCAGAAUGUAUCAUGCCUUGCUAAUCUUGUUUACUGCAAUGACAGAGUUACCUAUAGUGACUAUUAUGGUAAAGCAGUAUACUGUGUGGAUGAAUCGGGUAAACAGAUCUGGCAAUAUAAACAGGAUUUAUCACAACCAGAAGGACUUUGUACAGAUACGUGUGGUAACAUUAUUGUAACAGACUACAACUCUCAUCGAAUAAUAGUAAUAUCACAAGAUGGACAGGAUAGUAAAGUACUGAUUAGUGAAGAGGAUGGACUGGAGUAUCCUAGGUGUAUUUGUUUUAAACAUAAUGAGUCUUCAGGAUAUAUUUGUGAUGAAAAUGGCACAUACUUAGCAAAGUUUAAUUUAUCUUCAUAA